CACCAAACGUGGCAACACUGACUAACAUAACCAAGAAGCACGUUUCUGUUGUCACUGAUAAAGUCGUCGAAUUAUCAUCAAGAUGUACUUAAUGUAUUAUUUGGACAAAGACGGGAACCGAGUUUACACCUUGAACAAAAAUGACCCUUUCGGAAAACCAACACUUUCAGCCCAUCCAGCACGUUUUUCACCUGAGGAUAAGUAUUCUCGUGAAAGAAUCACCAUCAAGAAGCGUUUCGGGUUGUUAAUGACCCAACAACCAGAACCGGUUUACUAAGAAGGCUAAUAAUUUGAUGUAAAUAAUAAUUUAACUACAAAAUUAAUAAAAAUUUUUGCUUCAGCUUGA